UCAAUCAAAUGUAAGAUUCGGUGUCGACAUCACCUCAGAUCUUGCACUAAAUUUUCCUUCAGCUCAAUUCCUGGAGAUAACAGAAUAUUCACGCAACAAUCAACAGAAAAAUUAUAUCAUUUUACGAUAGUAACGCGGCGGCAAUAUACUCAUCAUCGUCCAUAUCAGAGCAUUUACUUUGGUCGUGCCACCAGCAACACAAUAUCAGUUCAAUUGAAUUUUGUCUGCGUUUUUUUUUUUCUAUCUGAAAAUGACCAAAGCGGAAAUCGAAUCCGGUCUCAAGUCCAUUGAUGGCAAAAAUUUGGAUCCAGACGUGAUUUACGAUCAAAUUGGAGGAUUCGGGAAAUUCCAAUUUUUCAUUUACAUUCUACUUUGUAUUCCGUUGAUGUUCAUCUUGUGUUGCAACUUCAGCUAUAUUUUCAUAGCCAGCGACAUGGAAUACAGAUGCUUUGUUCCAGAGUGCGACGUUGAUCAUGGUAAUGAUCCAUUAGAAUGGACAGCCAGGGCAGUUCCUUCUGUAGAUGGGACACUAUCGAAAUGUGAACGAUUUAUACCGAUUUCGGUUGAUCAUACUGUGGACUCGGAGUGUCCUUGGACUUUUAAUCGAUCUGAUGUGGUUACUUGCCAAGACUUUGUGUACCAAUCUCAUGAACGUUUUCUUUUAAAUGAGUUUAACUUAACCUGCGAAAGCAACGAGUGGAAAUUAUCACUUGUGGGCUCACUGGCUAACACGGCAGAGUGUAUAGCUUUACCAUUUAUGGGACUGAUUGCAGACAAAUACGGACGACGACCUACACUUAUCGGAUCUAUUUUUCUGGUAUCAGUUGUUGGAAUUGCCAAAACAUUCUCGAACAACUAUUCAACCUUCAUGAUUUUGCAUUUUAUUGGUGCUUUGUUCGGCAGUGGUGCCUUCGGUUUAACAUUUGUUUUUGGUUCAGAAGUCGUUGGACCGAGUAGUCGUGGUUUGGGCGCUGCUAUAAUUUCGAAUGUAGCUUCAGUCGGUCAGAUGUUUUUGGCCGUAGUGACUAUGUUCAUCGCUGAUUUCCGAGUGUUAUUAAGACUACUGUACGGAAUACUUGCGUUUACGUUAACAUUGAUUUGGUUAGUACCGGAAAGUGUCCGGUGGCUGUUUAGCAUCGGAAAAUACACUGAAGGAGCGAAGAUAUUAGAAAAGGUGGCAAGGUGGAAUGGAACUAAAAUACCAGUCGACACUUUGACUGAUCUGAAGAGCAAAAAUAAAAGUGACUUACUGCUCGGUACACGCGAGGUAACAGAAAAGGAUGGCGGCCAACAUUCAGUGGUAGCAGCAUUGAGAUCACCAGUUCUUCGUAACAGACUGAUAAAUUGCAGCUAUUGCUUUUUUACGAACUCUUUGAUAUACUUUGGACUAAGUGUUUAUUCGUCUAGUUUGCCGGGUAACAAGCACAUCAAUCUCUUGUACGCUGGAGCAAUAGAAAUUCCUGGAAAUAUAGCAACUUAUUAUGUGAUACAAAGAUAUGGUCGUAAAUGGUCAUUAGUGGUGUCAAUGAUUGUUUGCUCAGUGGCUUGUAUAGGAUCUGAGCUGCUUUCCGGUUCGGUGAUGGAAAUCAUACUAUUUCUGGUUGGGAAAUUUGCGAUCGCCCUAUCAUACACCAUUCUAAGUCUUUAUGCAAUCGAACUCUUUCCUACUAAUCUUCGGCAGAGUAUGUUUAACAUAUGUAUGAUUUCUGCCGGUUGUGGGAACAUUGUGGCUCCGCUGUUGCCCCUUUCGAAAAAUUUUCUACCUUCUCUUCCGCUUAUAUUGUUUGGUGGAACGUCGCUAUCUUCGGCUUUGUUGGUUGUGUUACUACCAGAGACCCUAAACAAACCUAUGCCAGACACAAUAGAGGAAGCAAUCAACAUCUAGACCUUAAAAGUGGGAGUCUUUUAGCCUUUAAGUGUCGCGUCGAUUAGUUGAAUUACUUUUUAUAUCUGAAAAAAAAUUAUUUGUAAAUAUAACAAUGUCUAGUCUAAUCCAAAA